CAAAGCGAAACAACCAAGAUGGCGGACUGAACGGCUGCCGUUUUCCGGAGGAGUAUCACGUUUACGAUCUUAUUGCCUGAGAGAUUCAAAUAUAGCAUCAAAUAUCAGAAAUGUUCGUCUUUUCCAAAUACCAUGAAAAGGAAGUUGAGUUUGGAGUGGUGGAGUGUUAUCUAGAUUGAAGACGUGAUAGAAGAUGGACGACUACUGCUAUGCUAAGAUGGCGACGUCCGCUAAAAGAGAACAUGAAAGAGAAUCAACUUCCAGCAAAUCACCAACGGAGAUAAAGACGAAAGAUGAAGACGUCCAGCAGCUGAUUGGUCAUCCAGAAGAACUUCCCUCUCAGUCAGGCAGGAGCUCCACUUUGAAGCAGGAGACUCCACAACCACCCUGCAUUAAAAAGGAAGAGGAGGAACUCUGGAUCACUCAGGAGGGAGAGUGUCUUCUAGGACCGCAGAAGGCUGAUCUCACCAAGUUGCCUCUGAUUGUUGUCUCUGUGGAGAUUGAAGAAGAUGAAGAGAAACCACAACCAGACAACCUCUUAGCUCCACUAUCAGAUAGUGAGGCUGAAGACGAGGUUGAAGUAACUUUGAGCAGCGAUAAAGACUGUGAAGGUGAUAUGAGGACUCACACUGACAACAAACACUCUGAAUGCUCUGUAAAGGAGACAGUUAAAAUAUGUUUGAGCUGCUCAGUUUGUGCUAAAAGCUUUACUAAAAAGAACAAUUUGACUCAACACAUGAGAACACAUACAGGAGAGAAACCAUUUAAAUGUUUAGUUUGUGGUAAAAGCUUUGUUUCCGGGUCAGGUUUGACCAAACACAUUAUGAAACACUCUGGACAAAAACAAUUUAGUUGUUCAGUUUGUGAUAAAAGCUUUUAUCUGAAGAGCAUUUUGACUAAACAUGCGAUAAUACACACAGGAGAAAAGCCAUUUAAUUGUUCAAUUUGUGACAAAAGCUUUUCCCAAAAGAGCAAUUUGACUGAUCAUAUGAGAACACACUCAAGGGACAAACCAUAUAGUUGCUCAGUAUGCGGUAAAAACUUCCGUUCCAGAUCAGGCUUGACUAAACACACAUUGAAACACACUGGACAUAAACAAUUUAGUUGCUCAGUAUGUGGUAAAAGCUUUUAUCAAAAUAGUAUUUUGACUGAUCACAUGAGAAUACAUUCAGGAGAGAAACCAUUUAGUUGUUCAGUUUGUGGGAAAAGUUUUUCUUUAAAGAGCAACUUGACUCAACACAUGGGAACACACACUGGAGAAAAACCCUUUAGUUGUUCCAUCUGCGGCAAAAGCUUUACCCAAAAAACACAAUUGACCGACCACACGAUAACACAUACAAGAGAGAAGCCAUUUAAUUGUUCACUUUGUGGUAAAGGCAUUUCUCGAAAGAGCCUAAUGACGCGACAUAUGAGAACACACACAGGAGAAAAAGCAUUCAUUUGUUCAGUGUGUGGGAAAAGCUUUUCUCAAAAGAACAAUUUGACUGAUCACAUUAGGACACACACAGGAGAAAAACCAUUUAAUUGCACAGUUUGUGGUAAAAGCUUUUCAAAAAAGAGCGGUCUGACUGAACACGUGAAAAGACACACUGGUGUUAAAAACUUCAAUUGUUCAGUUUGUGACAAAAGUUUUGUUUCCAGAGCAGUUUUGAGUCAACACGUAAUGACCCACACUGGACAUAGACCAUUUAGUUGCUCAAUUUGUGGCAAAACAUUUUCCCUAAAGAGCAAUCAGACUCAACACAUGAGAACACACACAGGAGAAAAAACAUUUUCCUGUUCAGUUUGUGGCAAAAGCUAUUUUUCAAGACAGGGCUUAAAUCAACACGUAAUGAAACACACUGGAGAAAAACCAUUCAGUUGUUCAGUUUGCGGUAAAAAAUUUCACUAUAAUGUAGAGGCAGUAAAACACAUAAGAACACACAAGGGAAAUUAGUCACUCAGCUGUUUAGUUUGCGGUAUAUUGUUAAUGUGUGGCGACAAAGAAACCAAGGACCUCUUCAAAAUAAGUUCACUGCUUUUUUUCACACAUCUCAGAAGUUGUCAUACAAAUUGUGAUGAUCUGGAACGUAACCAUGUGUCCUCAAGACCCUAUGUCUUCUGUGUAUGUGAAAUGUUCCCGAAUAAUAAACUAGAUUAUGAUUGUAUUGCUUGGUUACU